UUUGAUCUACACUGUGUAGGGAUUCUUUCUUUUUUUUUUGUUGAUUUCCAAAAUGGCUCCCAAAGAUAAAGCUCCUCAAGAGGAGCCUCGUGUGCUCUUGGGAAGGCCUCGCAACAACCUGAAGAUGGGUUUGGUCGGUUUACCAAAUGUAGGGAAAUCUACUACAUUCAAUCUGUUAUCUAAGCAGAUGGUACCUGCUGAGAACUUUCCAUUUUGCACUAUUAACCCUCACGAGGCUGUAAUCAACGUACCGGAUGAGCGUUUCAAGCACUUAUGCAAGGUUUUUCAACCAAAGAAGGAGAUUGCAGCUUCGUUGUCUAUUUUUGAUAUCGCCGGUUUAGUUAGGGGUGCUCACAAGGGUGAGGGUCUGGGUAAUGCAUUUUUGUCACAUAUUGAUGCUGUUGAUGGCAUUUAUCAUGUGGUUCGUGGUUUUGAGGAUGAUGAUAUUAUCCACACUGAUGGUGAGGUCAACCCUAUAAACGACCUCGAGACUAUUAACCAGGAGUUGAUUUUGAAGGAUCUGGACAAGUGCACCAAGGCGUUGGUAGAGAUUAAUAAGGUUUACCAGCGUAACAUGAAAAUAAAGUCUAAGAAGGAGGAGCUGGACACUAUGACUAAGGCUAAGGAGGUUCUCGAGAAGAACCAGUGGAUAUCUCAGGCAUCUUGGAAGGCUUCUGAGGUACCUAUUCUGAAUGAGUACAACUUCCUUACUGCUAAGCCUGUGGUAUAUUUGGUUAAUUUAAGUGAGAAGGACUUUGUUCGUCAGAAGAACAAGUGGUUGCCUAAGAUUGCGAAAUGGGUGGCUGACAAUAACCCCGGUCCCAUUGUUCCUUACAGUGCCCAAUUUGAAUCGGCGCUUGAGGCUUUUGACACUGAUGAUGCUCGUGAAGCCUACUUAAAGGACAAGAAUGGUGCUACUAGCAAGAUUGACAAGAUUAUUGCGAGCGGUUACAAUUGCUUGAACCUGAUUCAUUACUUCACCUGUGGUCCCGAUGAGGUCAGGUGUUGGACUAUUCGCAAGGGUACCAAGGCUCCUCAGGCUGCUGGUGUCAUCCAUACAGACUUUGAGCGUGGUUUCAUUUGUGCCGAGACUUAUAACUACACUGACAUCGUUGAGUUUGGCUCUGAGAGUGACGUCAAGGGCAACGGUCGUUAUUUACAGAAGGGCAAGGACUACGUAGUGCAAGAUGGUGACAUUAUAUUUUUCAAGUUCAACGUGACUAACAAGAAGUGAUCUAUGAUAUGUACUUGUGUAGGAACCUUCGGUGGAAUUCACUUCUCACCAUAUCGUUGACGAACCUGUAUACCGCC